CUCUCUCUCGCUUCUCUCUCCGCUCUCUCUCUCUCAGGUAUCACUACAGAAGGGAUCUACAGGGUGAGUGGGAACAAGUCAGAGAUGGAGAGCAUGCAGAGGCAGUUUGACCAGGACCAUAACCUGGACCUGGUGGAGAAGGACUUCACUAUCAACACGGUGGCUGGGGCCAUGAAGGCCUUCUUCUCUGAGCUGCCAGAACCCCUGGUGCCCUACAGCCAUCAGAUCGAACUGGUGGAGGCCUUCAAGAUCAACGAUCGGGAUCAGCGAGUUCACGCCAUGAAGGACAUCCUGCGCCGCUUCCCCAGGGAGAACUAUGACGUCUUCAAAUACGUCAUCAAUCACUUGAACAAGGUGAGUCAGAAUAACCGUUUGAACCUGAUGACCAGUGAGAACCUGUCCAUCUGUUUCUGGCCCACUCUGAUGCGGCCCGACUUCACCACCAUGGACGCCCUGACGGCCACACGAACCUACCAGACAAUCAUCGAGUCCUUCAUCCACCAGUGUGCUUUCUUCUUCUACAACCAGCCCCUGUCUGACACCCCUGGCGGGCACGCCUCCCCCACAGCCACCCUCUCCUCCCACGGGGGAACCUCGGCCUACUCCUCCUUGGCGUACAACUCUCCCUCCCUCACACCGGCCCCGGCCCCUUACGUUAUGCCCGCCACGCCGCCAGUCAUCCCACACUACGGGCCGCCCCAUACCCAGAUCCAGCAUUCCCCGCCCCACACCCCCCAGUCCCCCAUCCAGGCCCUACUGCCCCCCCUGCACCCCCAUCACCCCCCCACGGAACAACACAUGCUGUGAACCAGUGAUGGAAGGAAAGAGAGAUUUGAGAGCGAGAUGGAAAGAGUUUGAGAUUCAGAGGUAUGAGGGAGCGGUGAGAGAAGAAUGUAAGUGGACGAGAUUUUGAAGGGGUGGUGAGAUGUAUGGAGGGAACGAGAGAAGAGUGGGUUUGAGAGAGGGAAAGCGAACGAGAAGAUGAGGGGGUGAGUGAGAUGCAGUACAUAUUUGGGAAAACUGUUGGGAGAGGGGGUUAUCCAACCCCCAUUUGCAUUUUAAAGAUAUACGCACACACACACACACACUACGCACGGAAGGGGGUGGGAAAGAGGAACUUUUGAGCCACUAGUACAACAUGUGUCUUCCCGUACCACUGUAGUCUAUUGACUCUUCUCCCGCUACCAUUUCUUCUGCCCCCUUCUCCACUGCCUUAGAGAGUACCUCCCUCUCUCCCCAUCCAACACACACACACACACCACGUGUACAUGUCCCUCCCCAACCAUAAGGGACCUCAGAACUGCUGACUGUAGCCAGGCAGGGUAUCUGUGGGGGAAGUGUGGGAGGACAUUGAACUAUAUGGACCUCCUAGCUGGACUCUAAAACCACUGCCCAGUGUCCCACUUUCCUCGCCCCCACCACUCCUCACCGCGAUGGGGCUGUGGUUUGCCAGCGACUGCCCUGUCCUCCCAGGUUGAUCCUGGGUCCAGGUGGAGGGAGGACCUGACCAGUAGCUUCUCUAUGUUUAUUUGACCACUGUUACCAGGAAAUGGACUAGAGGCAUGCUUCACCUCUCCCCCAUGGACCAGCUUCCACUUCAAUAGACUCAUUCCUAACCCCCACCCCCUUCGCUUCAGUGUCUGCUACAGCCAGAGAUAAUGCCAAGAACAAAAUUCUCAACUAACUGGACCUGCAGGGAGGCUAGAGCACGGAACUUUGGGUGGUCUCACACCCUCGGCAUCUUGGGAGAGCUCCUUCCGUUCCGCUCUCUCUCCUCUGACACAUGCCCCCGAGCCUCCAGGCAACGCUGGAAGACUGUUUUUCUUUUGAUUAAAGAGGAUAUCUUUUACCCCCCCUGUUUCUUCCUGAUGUUUGUUGUUCCACCUUUCCUCUUUAGUUCUCCCCCCCAACCACCCCCCCACCCCAAUGCUUCCAUUUUUUGAUUUUCAAACUGUGGAUCAGUUUUGGAGUGUUCUGUUGAUGACUGACCAAUCAGAAUGCACUCUCACACAGCAAAUCCCUCCUGUCAGAUAUCAAUGCUUACUUCUUAUUGGCCCAUGUGCUUUCUGUGAAUAACUGUAAUGGAGAGGUAGGAAGGACUGGGAUAUGGAUUGGGAUUUGGAAGGGGUGGGAUUCAGGGAUGCACUUUACGGACUCUGAAAAGCAUUUAGAGAAUUAGACACGGAAUGCCAAGAGGAACAACCAUAAGGAUCCCAGGAGGCAUUGGGAAGUGGUGGCAGGGAAUUCAUACUUCCUCCUGUUACCAAUGAAGGGUUUGGAAGCCUGGAGAGACAUGGGGGGCAUGACCUUUGUGUGUGUGUGUCUGCGUACAUGUGUGCACAUGCUUCUAAUAUGGUAGAGAGCGGGAUAAUCAUUAGUGUAGAGAUCUCUGAAGUUUAUUGAGAUUGAGAGACUGCAGAGCACUUUUGGGAUCCUCUUUAGUGCAAAGUGCGCCAACACUUUCUCACCACGUCUAAUGCGUUGUGAAGUCGUGUAGCCACCUCACUGAGAACACACCAUUGCCAUCUGGUGGACAACAUAGUUACUGCAGCUAUGACCUCACCCACCACUGCAUGGGCGGAACACCAUUCCCCCCCGGGUGUAAUAUUAGAUCUUUCUACAUGCGUAAUCCCCCAUAUUUACCUAUUGAAUGUCAGGUCAAAUGGGACAUAUUGAGCCCAAUAGGAAUUCUUUGUAUAUAACGUAAAUGGAGAGUCUAUACUAUGAAAGCCAUAUAAACUGCAUUGAGAUUAGCCUGUGGAUGAGGCUCAUAUCUGUUGUGUUGCUUAGGGUGCCAGCACUUUGCUACAGAUGUAUAUACUCUCCAGAGUGUGGUGUUGAAGGAGCGUAUGACGACAUUUCAUGUCAGCUGUCCAUGAUGCAGACAGUCCAGUGACUAGUCCAGUGUCCAUCUGGGCUCUGCUAGUUGGUGGUAUGUGGUGAUGUGUAGUCAUGUGUUUUUGUACCGAGGCUGGCUCAGGAUAGUGGUUCAGAUCCAUUCAGCUGACUAUGACCGGGAAGGACACAAAGGAAAGGAGAUGAGGAAGCUCGUUCAGAGUAUUGAAACGCAGCCAGUGGUGUUGAUAGUCCCUCAAUGCCAUCCUGUGUUUAUUGGUGUCCCACUUCCUGGUUGGCACCACUUGGUACCCCUGCCCUCUUUUGAAACGGCACCGUUCCCUAGUCCAGAGAGGCGCUCCGGGAUGGAGCAGAACAGACCAUCUAUUCAUCUGUGUUGAUGACUGCGGAAUUCCAAUGGUUCUGUCUGUGGUUGUCAUAGAAACCUGUUUGAUCGCUAGUGUGUGUGUGUGCGUGUGCGCGCGUGCACGUUAGAGUGAAUCCAAGGUCAUGUAAUUUGUUUCAUUUUGACCCUCCGCUUUACACACUCAUGCUUGUCUCCACCUCUCUCCAGUUCCCAUUUGUCUUGACUGACAGGCCUCCCUUCCAAUCACUGGAGUUAUACCCUGACGCCGACCCAAUGACCUAUCAUACACUACCUAUAUGACGUUUGUUUGUCUGUGUUAAGGACUGAUGUCAUUUGAGCUGUCAACAGUAGCCAGACAUCAGUGUAAACUCGACACUUAAGACCAUGUCGCUUAUAGUCGAGAAUGUAUUUAUCCUCACGGUCAUUACCCCACAUAAUGUAAAACUGGACCUGACCACAGUUAUCCUCUUAGUUACCUAUAGGUUUCUCCACAGAUGGAGAGUGAGUCAGAGAGAGAGAGAGAGGUGAAUGGGAUCAUUAUUUGGGAGAUGGAGGGAGGAAGGGGGGUUGUGCAAACUCUGGUACUUUUGAAUGCCGGCCAGUGGCAUUCCCUGUGUAUAUCAAUGUGUUAAUACUGAACAGACUGUGAGGCAGCCAAAGACUGUACAACAACAACAACAAAAAGGUGGGGGAGAGAGGAAGCAAAGCGACACGUGGAGAGGAAAAAAACCAUGGUAUUAAAAAUGUGACUUUGGUUCUGCGAUCUUGUGGCUUUUCUUUUUCUUUAUUCUUUGCAACAAUGGUGAGAGAUGGUCUGUUAAGUUAAAAUGAGAAACAAGCAAACUAUAUUCAAAUGGUUGUUUAUUUGUAUGUUAGGGGGUCUAACACUUUGCCCUUUAGUCAAUGGUGAUAGAAUUGUUUUUCUUUUUAAUAAUAAAAAAACAAACAUGUUUUGUUUGUUUUUUAAACAAUUUUGUGAAUGGUGAAGAGACCAGCCCGGUUAUAGUGCAUGAUAUUUGCCCAGGCAAGGGAGGUGGCUUGACCACUCUUCAGUAUUUAAGACAAGAAGAUUAAAAAAACAAUGAAAUAAUGGGGGAAAAGUUAACCUGUAUAAAAGAUCAAAUGGAAGUAAAACAAAAAAAAUUCUGUCAACACAAAAAAAUGCUGUCAUUAUUUGCUAAGAGUAUGGUAAUUUGUCUCAAUAGGAAUGGUGUAUACAGCAAGGCCUUACGUGGACCUGUAUUCUAGUUAAUAAAUCAAUCUUGUAAAGCCUG